GCCAGGUAGCAGUCACCAGAGACCGGUGAAAAUGGUGGACAAGAAUACACUUCUACGAGUGGUGAAGACCAUCAACGUGGACCUGGCUUGUUCCGGAAUAGGUCUCAUUACAACGACAACGGCUGUGGGCCUUUUGGACCUGGCCGACAUCUACGGGACGGACGUCAAGAACGUGGCUCAGUUGGUGACUACCCGGGGAGUUGGAGGACUACUGGGAUCCUUUAUUGGAGGUUUCUUGUACAACCGCUACAACACUCAACUCGUGACAAUCGGCAUGAUGCUGCUACAGGCGGUGAGCGUCGUGCUUCUUCCCAUUUGUGGGAGGCUGGCACUCGCCCAUGUUGCUGCUGCUGUCUCAGGAAUAGCCAUCGGAGCCUUCGACACAGGUGCCAACAUAUGGCUUAUCAAUUUGUGGCCGGCGAACUGCGGACCAUCGCUUCAAAUAUACCAUUUCAUGUUCGGUGUUGGUGCCUUCGUAGCUCCACUCAUGACGCAUCCAUUUCUCUCGCCAAAUUCCACAACGAACGAAUCCCUUGACGCCAACAUCCAAGUCAGCCCCUUAUUAGGUUCCGCAGAAAUCGUCCAAGACGUUUCACCCUCUGCAUCACUUACCUACGCAACCGAGCCGUCACGUAUCCAUUACGCAUUUGCCAUUGUAUCGGCAGUACAUGUCUUCAUAGCGAUACUCAUGGUAGUAAGUUACAUUGCGGACAGGUCAGACUGCAAACCUGUUCCCCUUGACAACGCCGAAAGUAAUCCAGGAAGCGGCAAGUUCGCUGCGAUUCUACUUUCUGUUUUGAGUGUCUUCAUCUUCACGGUCAUAGGGCUCGAAUGUUGUUACAGUCAGAUGUUGGCAACGUUCGCCGUCAGCAGUGCGCUUCAUUUCAGCAAGUCUUCCGCCUCGUACCUGACGUCCGUCUUCUUCCUGACGUUCAGCCUGGGCCGUGUCAUGUGUGCCUUCUGUGCGGCUGUGUCAUCGCCUUUUAAGAUGUUGCUGUGCUCCCAAGUUUUACUGCUAGCUGCACACGGCGUGCUCGUAUUUCUCGGGGAGUCUUCAGCGAUUACUGUGUGGUCGAUGACGGCAGUGACUGGACUAGCGCAAGCGGCACUCUACGGUACAGCCGUCGCGUGGUGUGUGCGUUAUGUGGUGCUCGGCUUCUUUAUGAUGUCAGCCCUUACGGUGGCGGCAUCUGCGGGUUCGAUGGCUGCCCCCGUCCUGGUCGGGUUAUUCAUCGAUGACAUCCCGAUGGUAGUGAUGUACAUUUGCUUCGGCGCAACUGUACUCAUGGGCUUGCUGUUGGUAAUCAUGUUCCUGUUGACCAGGAACAAAAGUGUACUCGCACCUGUGGAAGCGAAAAGCUCCGAGUGACGGACUUCGUUAGCGUGUUACGGUACAAGACGUCUGUAAUUGUAAAGUGGCUGUGAUGAUGAUGAUGGUGGUGGUGGUGAUGAUAAUUAUGGGGACAAGAACAAAACGGAACUGUGCAUCUCCCUGAUUGCUUACUUGCGGAACAAUAACAACAGAUAAAUUAAUCAUGAUGAAUAUGGAAAUACGCCACAUGAGCUACGGCCCAUGUAUUUGCGCAGGACGUGCUCUCGUUUGCAAUUUCUUGAGUAGGAGAAUAUAAUAAAUUGUAUACGGUCAACCCUUGAUGCAUGAACGCCCGGAAUUUCUGAAACUGUUCAUGAAUCGACGAAUUCAUAGGUUGAAGUUUUGAAUGAACGGAGGGGAUGGAGUUAUAAUGAGAGAACAGCUUUGUUGAACUUGGUCAAAGUCGAUUUUCUGUUUGAAAGCUCCUUGUCCACCUCAGUUUGGGUGAACGUUAAUACCUUGGGGGGCGUGACACUUCGUUACGAAGUUACACCGAUGUCAAUCUAGCAUUCCAAUUUUUAUGGCAAAUGCAGUAAUGGACACGCAGAAGGUCGGCAUUGCGAAUAUCGAUACUCAUGCGGCUCUCCACCAGUGAGGCAGCGCGGGAGAAAUCACGUGUAUACAAAAACCAAUGGGAAUGGCCGUAGCUCUCGCUCAUCCAACGUCAUGCCUUGACGUGGGCUUGCGUUCAAGGACCUGUAUCCCGUCAGCUACGGCACGUAGAAAAAUAAUAUUUUUCACAAUAUCCCCACGUGCAGUGCAAUGCGUGCAUGAUCUCAUAAACUACAUAUACCAAAGAUGAAAGCUCUAACGGACCGGCGAGGAAGGGUCAAAGCUGCGAUCCCAGUCCUCCGUUCGAACCAAUGGCAUUUUAGAACCCGGUCACGUUAGUAUGAGCAUUGCGCCGCCUUGAAGCCUUUGACGCCUUGGCUAGUCUAUGCCAGUUCUUGAAGACAUUGGUACCGUGGCUAAUUACUAUCCUGUGGACAACGGAGAGUUCCCGAUUUUCAACAGAGAGCGUUCUUACCUUGCUAUAAAGCUAACUAACUUAACUUAACUUAACUUAACUUAACUUAUUUGUUGUUGUUGUUGUUGCUAUAAAGCUGAGAGUAAGACGUUAUGCUCGAUUACAACUGCGGUUUAUAUCAGGAUUAGGCGAAAACAAAGAAAAACUACUUUGUCUGGAAAAUUGUUUGGUCCCAGGCCACAUCCAGCCCACCAUCGCUCUGCCUUGAAAGCUCUCUUGCCCUUUGUGGAUACCAUAGGAUUUCGAUCCUUAUUGUGAAGGGGCUCAUUAUUUAAUUCCCCACAUCACCACCACCCAUAGGGUAGAGUAUCGCCUCUGGCGAUGAAACUCCCCAUUCAUCAUCUCACAAUAAAGUUGUUGUCCUUGUUUUUACUUUGUCUGGUUCAUCUGGUUCUCUUUGUCAUCAUCGUUAAUUUAUAAUUUAUCUGUUGAUGUCGUUGUUGCAUCGUGUUGUAUCACGAUAUGCGGAUGGUGGGACAGUGCGAUAUUUUUGUAAUAGUUGGCGUCCCGUUUUGAGACUGGCUUUGUGAAAAUUAUGGACGAAAAUGACUUUUUUUUUAAACUUGUCGUUUUCGACUGCUCUGCGUAGUGCUGACGGUCAAGCCAUUAACUGAAGAUGUAAACAACAAUUCCUAGGAUGCUCAAAUCAUCUUAAGCGAAACUGGUCCAGGAUACCUAGCGUCAAUAUUU